GGAGACUCAACUUUGCCCGAAUCCAGCUGUUGCGCCCGGCAUCCUAUCACAUACUUACACUAACCAAGAUGUGGAAAUUGCCACUGCCAACUUACUUGGUAUCGGAGCUCCCAUUCCUCCAAAGUGGACGCUGUCUAAGCUGCCAAUUCCGAAGCACCGCAGCAAUCUCCCAUCUCCGCGCGAGAUCCUCCGCAAUACGCCACUAUGCCUCUACAUCAAGCACAAAAGAAGCAAAGCCCAGCAACAGUAGUUCGGAGGCGACUAUAUCACCCCCGCCGCGCAGGGAACCCCAGCCUGUGCGGCGCGGCACGCAAUUCCAACAAAACCCAGACAUGAAACCCCAGCCGGGCGAUACGGAUUUCAAGCCGCCAAUGCUGGACCGUCCAAUCGGGGCAACUACACCGCCGAUGGCUGGCCAAAAUACAGGAGUAGACACCCGGUCUUUGAAGCAGAGGCGAGACGAGUUUGUGGACUAUGAUCGGCAUAUUGAGCGGCGGAAAGAACUUACACGUCAAGUCGCCAAACCCUAUUUCCGAGAAUGGUCAAACCUACGUUUCUUGGAAGGCAAAACCUUCGUGUCGAACCCCCGGCUUUUCAAAGGCGACAAGGCCCUAUACUUCCCCAACAUGUCCGGCGUAACACUCGCCGAGCCAAAAGAUAAGCAGCAUACCACGUCCAUCCUGCAGGGCAAGAUCAGCGUCGUGAAAUUGUUCUCCAGCGUCUGGGCGGAAACCCAAGUAGGAACAUUCACGGGGCCAGCGCAAAACCCCAAGCUGGCAGAGAUCCUGACCAAGAACCCGCAAUUUGCGCAGAUAGUGGAUAUCAAUUUGGAAGAGAACCGUAUGAAGGCAGCGCUUGUGAAGAUGUUCAUGUGGAGCAUGCGCCGUAAGUUGCCCGCUCAGCAGCACUCGCGGUAUUUCCUGGUGCAGAAGGGCUUUACCGAGACCCUCAAGGAGGCUGUCGGCAUGAUGAAUUCCAAGGUCGGGUAUGUGUAUCUUGUGGAUUCGGAGUGUCGUAUCCGUUGGGCUGGCAGUGGUAAUGCCGAGCCAGCGGAGAUGGAAACCCUUAAUGCGGGCUUGCAGAAGCUCAUUACGGAGAGAAAGGCCAUCUACGAAGCUGAAAUGGCUAAUCGCAAGUAAAAGGAAAAGAUGGAAAGCCAAGCGCGAGAUUGAAUCAGGGCUACCUCCUCAAAGAAUCACUGUAUCAUACGGAGUCUCCACUCAACAACUGGAUUUGUACAUAAUAUAGAGAAUGUGUAUAAUAGAAAGAACAUAAGACGCCAUUACGAGCUCACUCCCGUUGCAAUAGGGAGUCCUCAAGUAAAAAUGCCCAGCCCCCGAAACGCCUCGAUGAAAACCAACAAGAAAUACUUAGUCGCUGUACGAGCUGCAUGACGCGCAAGAGGUGAACCGAGAGACGGAGCGCAAUGACACUAAAGCAAAUUAUGAGACGAGCCCAGCCCGCCUACCGGAAGUAUACCAGCAUCAAAAAGCAGAAUCCAAUGAAACAGCCCAGGAUGAUAGCAUCUCGCCGCUUCUUGGUCCCAAUCUUUCCGAUCAAGUAGUUCAUACCGGGUACCUGGCUGGCAGCACCGACGAUGCGCCGGUUGAUGCUGGCAAGAGUUUCACGUUGAAUUCCAAAGUUCUCGUUGAUGGCAUAUGCCUGGCUGAGUACGCCGUCAAUCAUGUUGUGGCUGUUCUCUACUCGCCCUCGCUCCUCAAGCAUAUAGUCGGCCUCGGCCGCGCCGGGGAUAGAUGCGUGGUAAGCGUCGAUAUCGGAGCGGACAUUGGAAAGUAGAUUGGCGCGGUCGCGCGACUCGGCGAUAGCGGAGGUCAAUCGUUGGAGCUCCCGGCGGUGGUCGGCCAGGACUUCGCGGUGGCGGGCGAGGUUAUUCUGUUUGAGGGCGGAGGAGGUGAGGGUAGCCUCGGAAUCGAGGAGGCGAGAGAGUUGGGAGAUGAGCGAUUCACGCUGUAUGAGACAG